UCUAGUUCGGCCCGACAUUUCCAGGUAGUUUACAGGAUUUUCUCUCUAAUAAGAAAAUUAAUCAGAAAAAUACUCCUAAAUCAAAAUUCGAAAUUCCCAAAGUCUUCACUUUUUCUUCUCCACCAAAUCCGCCCUACACAGCUGACGAUUUACUGGUACAUCGAUUAUUACGCGUGGGUAGGUGUACCGUGUACGUGUAACUUUUGGGUUGAAACUUAAUGCCUUCAAUGAUAUCUCCUCAAUGGCAGGACAAAGCUAGUGGGUUUUUUUCCGCUUCAGGGGUUAAACUUAAGGAAGCGGGGAAUCAAGCUGGGACUUUUGCCAAGGAUGCAAAAGAGAACGUGGUUGAUGCAGCUGAAAGAGUUGGGUCUGUGUUUAAAAGUAAAUGGUCACUUUUCCAGCAACCCUCUACUAAGCAUGCUGUGCAGGAGAGGUUUCUUUCAGCUGCUGCUUCAACAAGCUUCCUCGUAAGGAAAGGAAUCUCAGAGACCAAAGAAAAAGUUUCUGUAGGAAAGAUAAAAGUUGAGGAGGUGGCAAAGAAAACUGCACAAAGAAGUAAAUCCUUUAUAUCAGAUAUUGAAAGAUGGCAAAAAGGUGUUGCAAGCAGUGACGUAUUUGGAGUGGCACUAGAGAUUACAGUGCAGCAGCAGCAAGAAACAAGCAGGCCUAUUCCCCAGAUUCUUGUCAGAUGUGCAGAUCAUCUCAUAGCAUCAGGCCUUAGCUCACCUUUCUUGUUCAAAUUGGAGGGUGACAAAAAAGCUAUUCAGCAACUUGUUUCAUUAUACAACCAAGAGCCCAAUGCGUCGCCACCAGAAAACACAAAUGCACUUGAUAUUGCUGUCCUAAUUAAAUGCUACCUUGCAAGUCUUCCCGAGCCAGUAGCCACAUUUGAGCUCUAUGAUGAAAUCAGAAGUGCUCGUUCGAGUAUCAAUGCUAUUAGGAGUGUGUUAAAGAGGCUUCCUACUGUAAAUUACAUGACACUGGAGUUUGUUACUGCACUCCUGCUCCGUGUUAGCCAGAAGUCGGUUCUCAAUAAGAUGGGUGCUCAAAGUCUUUCUGAGGAAAUAGCCCCUCUUAUAAUCUGGCAGAACGGAAGGAGGCCAGAAUUGUAUAGGCAGUUCUGGCAUCAUGAGACUAUAGCUCUCACUAGAAAGAAAAGCGAUUUACCCCAUAGGCCUCCUACUUAUGGCUCAUGGGACAUGCUUGAGGAGAGUGAAGAUGAAGAUGAGGAUGCUUCAUCCCCAAUCCCUUUAGAUGACGGCUUACCCGUUGACUUUGCUGCAAUUGAGGUCAUCCGGUGCCUCAUAGAACAUCACAACUCGAUUUUCACCGAUGCCAACGAGACUGUUUGGAGAUGAUACGUUGACAAAGCCGUGUUUCCUCUAAUUAUAUCAAGUCCGUCUGUUGCUGCAUUGUUAACGAAGGAGAUCGAAUUAGAGGGUUGUUGUACAUAUUUAGUACUAAUUGUGUGAGGUCCAUCUCUAUUGUUCAUUCUUCUUAGCCAUUCUUGUAGUUUUUUUGCAUAGUUUGAUUUGUCACAGAUCACAUCAUUUGGAUUGCUUGUCUUUUAAGUUUCAAAUAAAAGAAACAAUGAUCUCUUACA